CAGUAGUCGACCAGGCACCGCGCGCGGCGUUCCCACUUGCAAGGGUUGUUCGGGACGGUUAUUUUAGGUUCCUAGUGAGCACGUGUCGCAGCUGGGAAUGCACCAUGGACGUUUGUUCUUCGCCCAUUCAAAAAGUGGCGUUUCACCCUCGCUACUAGGCCGCUCCGCGUCUCCGCGUCCCUUGGUAGCAGAAUUUCGGUCCUGCUUCAGAUUUCAUCGCCGUUUGCGCCCUUGAACUUUUCAUCCUUUCACGAACGGACGAAGGAUAGCGAUACCGGGGUGUAGAUGAGUUUUGCAAUUCGAAUCUGCCAAGUUUGAAUCGACGAAAGAGGCUAACGGACGGUGCGUUUUUCGCGAGCCCAGAGUGGGAUCGGAUCUGAACCCCGCGACUAAUUAAACUCGAGAACCAGAGACGAGAAUACAUCGGGCUCCGAAAAAUAUCCGAGAUAUUCAGGCACCCUGCCAAGUGACCUCGAGUCGUAAAAAUAUAUGGCUGUCUGAAAAAUGGAUAAUUAAAGUUUCACUCCGCGGGGCUCGCUUCGCGCUACCCGCGCGCGUUUACGCACUCCGCGAUAUUCCAACUCGCAACCCAAUAAGAACGAGUGGAGAUAUUCGGAAAUUCCAAGACGCCGGAUCCUUUCCGAUCCCAAUCAUCGUCCUCGGGAUCUUGCGGGUUCCGAUUUUUAUCAAGUUAGGAUCAUCAGCGACCAAAGUAGACCGCCAUUUGGUCUCCAGCUCGGGACUGAAGCAGAACUGGUCUUUUAUUCGAUUCGGAGAAUAAAGAAAAACCCUUUCCGAUUAUUUUCUCCGCAUCGAAACCCGAUGGGCUUCGAUGUCUCGCACUCAUCUGUGACGAUAUAUUCUACAAGAAGUAAAAGAGAAAAGUUUUUCCGGAGUCGAUUCGUCCUGUAGUUUCUUUCAACCACUCGCGAGCAGCUGUUUGCGGCGAUUCUCCCGACCUGGGGUGCAUCGUCCGCCAAUUCGAACAAUCAUCGUAUCUCACCCCCUUGAUACUCCGUAGGAAGCGUCGGUAGUUGUCGGGAGUGGAGAAGGGUGAUUUCCUGCUCGUUAUGUGCCAGCUUGGAUAACGCGAGGAGAGAGAAACGCGAAAAGUUCAGCGCGGUGAUAAGCAGCUGAGCGCGGCAGGAAACGUAAAAACAUCCUGGGAAUGUGAAGAUGUAAAGAAGCAAGAGCAGUUGAAAAAAAAAAAAAUUCCGUUUCAAACUCCGAAGACAAGAAGAAGGAACCAGCCGGUCGCGCACAUAGCGGGGGAAAAGAUAAUAAAAAAAGAGUACGACGCAAAAACAAGUGGAGAAUACCAAGCUAUAAUCGCGGGCUUAUCUUCCCGAAAACAACGGAGAGGUCAGAAGUGUCCCGGACUCGAGUGGGGAGAAAAAAGCGUGCUCCGAAUUCCGCUUGUUAUACCGGUUGCAUUUACCCGAGUGUUUCGCGGUGGCACGGAGUUUGGCUUGUGCGAAAUUCCCUCGCGUGAUAGUGCUAUAGUGCAAGGGUGAUUCGAGUGAAAGUGAGUCGUCGACACGCGGCAUCAUCGGCUGACACCGGAUUUAAAUGUCCGAGUGGAGUGCAGAAUGGGGACGGUGGUUAAAAUCCUGCGCCAAUUUUUACCCCUGAUCAUUCUCGUCUUUCCAGUAACUGCGGGAUUGACGGGAAUUGUGAGGAACAGUCAUUCCAAGGCAUUGGUUCCGAGCGACGGAGUCCAAAGUUCAUACGGAGAUCCGGGUAAUUUCAAAAAGAGGUGGACACAUUCCGCGGUGGAGGACGAGUCGAUCGGCGGAUCACCGUCAACAGUUCCGAGCGAAGCGUCGACUCCGUCUCUGUCCUCGUCUUUUUCGGUCACGACGAUCGUCGCUAUUACUCUUUCCGUUUCCGCCGCCUCCGAAGGACUUCGGAUAGAGGAACGACCCUCGACGCCGACCUUGAUGUCGACCGGCGUUCCGUCGACGACCCCCACCAACGAAGUCGGGUUUCCCAAAAACGGACCAUCCGCUCGAGGAACCAGAGAGGCGACGGAACAUCCCUGCGAUAAAUUCAAGAUCGGCAAUGACGCCAAGCACGAAUUCUACAGUCCAAAUUACCCGGACAAUUAUCCAAAUCAGACGGACUGCGUCAGGGUGCUCGAAGCGGACAAGGGGAUGUUACUGAAGCUCGACUUCCGGGACCGUUUCGACCUGGAACCGAGCGACGAUUGCCGGUUCGAUUUCCUCGAGGUACGAGACGGACAGCACGGGUACGCCACACCCCUUGGCUUAUGGUGCGGCAAGCAAUUCCCACCGGAAUUGACGUCAAAGACCAGAUUUUUGUGGCUCAGAUUCCGCAGCGAUGAGAACAUCGAGUACGGUGGUUUCAAGGCCGUUUGGAGCAUGAUACCCAGACCCACGCACGCGGGAAUCCCACCAGAGCCGGAGUCCUGCCUCAUCAACGUUACGGGGGUCGAAGCGUGGAUGGGAAGUGCCGACGUUUUGGAUCGGAAAAAAAUAUCGGAGAGGGACAGCCUCCCCCUGGACUGUAUGUGGGUGGUGACGGUGGCGCAGGGUUGGAAGAUUCAGCUGAACUUCACGGAAUUCAAACUCCAGAAGCCGAACGAGUGCGACGCGAACUUCGUCGACGUUUUCGGCGAACGUACCGACAUACCGUCGAGACUGAAUAACUUCUGCGGCAGCAUAGCCGAACUCGUGAGCAGCACUACGAACACGGUCUUCAUACGGUUUUACGUCGAACCCAGGGCCAUGAACAGCACCUUCAAGUGCCUUAUGACCGCGUUCCGCGAAAAGGGAUCCAAUGACAAACCCUGCCACGAGGAUGAAUAUGAUUGCGAGGACGCCAGAUGCAUAGCGAGCACCCUCCGGUGCAACGGAAACGUCAACUGCCGAUUCCGGUGGGACGAAGACGAGCAAUUAUGCGGCAAAGCGAACGUCGGCCUAGCCAUGGACUCGGAGCACAUCAUAAUCAUCCUCGUCGUGUUCUCGCUGAUCAUAUUCGGGAUGAGUUUCGCAUUCGUCUUCAACUGCGUGAGAAAACUCAUCAGGGACCACAGGAUAAUACAGGAGCACAUCCGGCAGUCCCGGGAAAAUCGUCUCGACGAAAUAGGUCGGAAAACUACCCCCUGUCCUCUGGCCGCCACUCGAGUCGAUUCCCGCGAGCGUCGCGGUUCCAGCGAAUCGCCGAGUCUCGAGGUCGUCCCGAGCAAGGAACUGCUCCCCCCGCCGCCGCCCUCCUCCUGCGCCCUCAUGGCCCACGAAUACGCCAGGGAAUUGCUCUCGAGAGAGGCCGAAUACUCGGCGAUGGAACUAAACGACAUUCACCGGAGCAACAACGCGAGCAACGCCACUCAAGAACGGCUACAGGAGUCCAGCGAGGAGCCGGAAACUAGGGACAACUCCUGCCAGACGAGAGAGAGCCUCUUCGACGGGGUGCCACCCGCCAGAAGACCUACACCGGCUUCGCAGUGCUCCGGAUGCGGUUGCAACCCCUCGUCGACCUGCCUCCGUCACAGCUCCCUCAUCGCCGCCGGCAUCCCGCCGCCACCCCACGGAUGGUCGAUCCACGACCCGAGGUACCCCCCCGCAGAACCGCCCGAUUACUCCUGCAGCUACCAAAGAUUCCAGAGUCCGAAACCCGCGCCGCCCAGGGACAAGUACCAUUCCCCGAACAAGUACGCGAGGCAGAGUACCUUGGACUCCGGUACGACGGUCGGGAGUUCGCACAACUCUACGGGGAGCGUACCCUCGACUCAGGGGACUCAGGGGUCGCACGGGGGCCACGGAAAUCAGGGGGGGAAGCACCACGGCGACCCCAGGUACAGGGCGGAGGCGGUCAUCGAACUCCCGGAACAGGAUAGACGCCCUUUCAGCAUCGAGAGUACGAAGAGCGCGCCCGACGUCAUCGCCACGCACUGACGACGGGGGGCUGGGGGCGAGUGGGAACCGUACCGUCGACGGCAUCCGCGCCGCGUCAGCGUCGCGACGCAAAGCUCCCUGGACGACGACAACGAGGAAUCGGGACACCCCGCGAAAGACGAAGAGGACGAGCAAGAGGAUUCCUGAUCCACGGCCACCCGGUCCUUCUAUCCCACCUGGCCCAGGGGCAGGACUGCGAUUCUUUCGAGGGAACGUGCCGUGGUCCGAAACCCUACGAGAAAUGAAGAAGAAGUCGGUGCUUCCGUGAGGUUCUAAUCAGAAGUGUGCGCGAAAAAAUCCGGAGCACGGUGAUCGUGACGAACACUUGUGUAAUCAUCGACGAGUCGAUUGAUUUAUCGGGUCUCUUUUCGAUAAACCGGCAGCGAGUCAUUCGUCAAACCAAACCCGCCAUAAACCGAACUUUACUUUAGAUUUCCCGACGCAAAAUUCCAAAGUUUUUUAGCUGAAUGGUUGAAUACAUAUCUUUGUAGUUAGCGGAUAAAUCCGCUUCACUGGGACGACGAUUUGGAUACGCAAUCUUAUCGUUAGUGUACGAAGCACAAUAGCGAAGAACUUGUGCUCCACUUUCUCGAGUGUACGCCAAUCAGUGCCGCCGUUUUUUUCAGGACGACUUUACGGUCACGGCACUUCGCUUUGAAAUUAUAUCGCUACACAGAAGGCAGGUGGAAACGACAAUAAAAUACGGGGCCAUCUCGUUUCACAUCGUUUUCGUCGGCUCGAGAGCGUUGUACGUUUCGCGAGACGGAAACUAAUCAGCAAAUUUAAUACGUCGAUCGCGCAAACUCCGCGUAUACGGGAGUAGGCAGCUACGUAGGUAGACGUACGCACCUAAGUGUACCCUUCGACGGAUCCGCGGAGUCCUUGAGAGUUUAACCUUCCGCCGGUCCUUUGCCCAUAAAAAUCGUCGCUCGCUCAUACUUUAGCUCUCAUCGUCCCGGUCGUUGGGCACCUUUUUACUACCGCUCGUCCACGUUAUCGUGCAAUUAGGUGCAGCAUCUCAGGAGUUCCGGGGUACGUCUGGAAUUACCCUUUACUCGGUCUUUACGCAAUUCCAAAAGAUUAUACUUCUUCAAUAAUUGUUCCCCGGCACGUCCCGCUCGUCAAACCACGCCUGCGUCGUGUAUCGAGGGGGCUGUAAAAAAAAAAAAAAAAAAAAAAAAGAGCUUCGGAAGGAAAAGGGUCAAACGGAAAAUAAAGAAUCAGUGCUGAGGAGGCGGAUUAAGUGAGAGUGAUAAACCCGGGGAAAAGCAUUUAUCGAGUAUUCGACGGGCCAAAGAGGGAGAGAAAGAAAAAAAAAUAUCCCAAGUGUUCUUGAAUUCGCAGGGAAAUUCGAGUACCCGUAUACAUAUAUAUAUAUACAUUGUGUUUCUAGGUUCGUAAAAUUCUCCCGAACUUCGAGGAUUCGAAUAAUUUCUCAUACAUUCUCACGCGUUACCUUACCCGCGAACUUUCAAUUUCCGUUCGAACUAUUUUCACGCCUUACCAAGUUUUUUAUUCCAGUUCAUCCGCACGAUAGUGUCAAGUAGCCAUCGGAAUUACGCGCGGUAGAAAAUAACCAGACGUAGCUGGGAGAAACCCAAUAUUUUUCCAUUACGAUUCUAAAAAUUCGCGCGAACGGCUAACGUGUAUGAUGGAUUACGUAUUUCCAAACUGUCGAGACAUCGGAGUAUUGUUUUUUAUUCUUUUUCUGUGCGUUUGGCGUGAAAUCCGUGGUACGUAAAAAAAAAAAAAAAAGAAAAUUGCAAAAAAAAAUCUGCACUCGUUUUAUCACGAGGUAGAGUUGCGUUUCAGCAUUUAUCCAUCUGAAUAUACCCGACCCGACUGACGAGAGAAUUUUAUGUAGCGCGAUAAGAUAAAUGGCCGAAUCGCCUUGACUUUGGCUUUUCAAUAGUAAAAUAAUCGCCGACUCAAUACAUGAGCUACAUUUCAGAGACGCCGCUCGUAGCUCGUUGAUAAUUUCAUAUAAAUAGAUAUAAUUUGUGCGUUCGGUACAAUGACGAGGUAUAUGAAUGACAAAUGAUACGUACAUACAUAUAUACAUAUAAUAUAUACUUUAAGGAUAUCCCUAUAUAUGCGACCAAGAAUAAUCAAAUUAGUCAAUUAUACGUACCAUUAAAGAUACACCUAUAUAUAUAUACAUACGAUAAUUUUGUGUAAUAAUGUAAAUAUACAAAUUGUAAAACAUUAUGUAAGGUGAAAGGAGUUGGAACGAUUAAUGAACUGUAUGAAAUUAAAGUAUCGCACGUACACCGUUAGGUGCAGUUUAUAACUAUUAUUACUAUUAUAACCAGCAUAUUCGUACUCUUGUUCUUAUCGAUAUACACGCUUAUUGAUGAAGUGAACGGAAAAAAUUGUACACACUUGUAUAUAAACUGUUGCCAGUCAGAUGUGACAACAUCUACGGAUACGUUACGUGUAAGAUAAGUUUUGUUCCGGGCGGAUCGAAAUUGUUGAGUGGGGGAAAAAAUGAAAAACUGACGAAAAAAGGGAGAAACCAAUAGAUAUUAAAAGAAUUAUGAAAAUUUAUGAUAAUGAUAUAAAUAAAUAACUGCGAGUGAAAAUGUGUCAUGUAUAAUAAACGGUACUUUUCGAAUAUGA